GAGCCCAGGGCUCCAGGUCAACAGGCUUUCCCAGAUAAGAGCCCGGCACCAUAAGCUUCCAGAAACAACAUGCGCUAGCGUUGGAGGAAGUCCCGGGCUAGGUGUUGGAGACCUGGGUGGUCCCGGCUGGAAAGGGAUGCAUACCCUUUGUGUUGGUGGCAGAGCGCGCUCGUGACUUGGGGCAUGAGGUUUUAGAAAGCAGUGCAUGAGACGCUUUAAGUCGUGGGCGUGUCUCUUGGCUCCAGGGAGCCUCAGUUUUCACAUCCAUAAAAUGGCGAUGGUAAUUAUACCGGCCUCCCGUGUCUAAUGAGAUCUCCGGAGCCUAUCUCACGGGAAAAUGAAAGAAUGAAACUGGUCGGUUCUAAGCGUCCUGCCAGUUAAGAGUGUGAUUUGGCAAGGGGCUUCUUUCAAAGGGAAGUUGGCAGAUAUCUAGGGGGAUAAUUGUCUUGAUUUUACUUGGUUUAACUGUGAAAUAAGUGUGGGUUGCAUCUCUUGUGGCCACUGAGGCCAGAGUUUGAAAGAGGAAGAGAAUGCGAGUCUGGUCGAGGUGCAGAGGUGGAUUCUGAUCCCUGCCUCUCUUGUGCAUGCAGAAUUUAGAAGCCAGAGGAAGCUCAGACCUGGUGAGGAGAGGAUGUGGCCCCUGGACCCAUCCCAGAAAGAGGUGCUGACAUUUGCAAUACGCUGCCGAAUCCUAACUCUAACGCUCCAGGUACUCUUCAAUGCCAUCAUCCCAGAUCACCAUGCAGACGCCUUUUCUCCUCCCCGCCUGGCCCCCUCGGGCUCUGUGGAUCAGCUAGUGGAAGGUCUCCUGGGUGGUCUGUCUCGAUGGGAUGCAGAACACUUCCUGUUUAUUGCUGAGCACGGCUACCUUUAUGAGCACAACUUUGCCUUCCUCCCCGGCUUCCCCUUGGCCCUGAGGACGGGAACUGAGCUGCUGAAGCCCUUGCAGGGCCUCCUGAGCCGGCGCAGUUGCCUGCUGCUCUCCGUGGCCCUUCUCAACUUCCUGUUCUCCGUGCUGGCCGCCGUCGCCCUUCAUGAUCUGGGUCGUCUGGUUUUGCGCUGCCCCCGCCAGGCCUUUUAUGCAGCCAUGCUCUUCUGCCUCAGCCCUGCCAAUGUUUUCUUGGCAGCUGGUUAUUCGGAAGCUUUGUUUGCCUUCCUGACAUUCAGCGCCAUGGGGCAGCUGGAGAGGGGCCGGAGCUGGGCCAGCGGGCUGCUCUUUGCUCUUGCCACUGGGGUGCGCUCCAAUGGGCUGGUCAGUGUCGGCUUCCUCGUGCAUUCUCAGUGCAGAGGCUUUUUCUCUUCUCUCGUGGUGCUGAACCCGCUGAAACAGCUCGUCAAGCUGCUGACCUCUGUCUGCUUGUCGGUGCUCACGGUCAGCCUUCCCUUUGCUCUCUUUCAGUAUUAUGCCUACAGCCAGUUCUGUUUCCCAGGCUCUGCCCCCUCCAUUCCUGAGCCCUUGGUGCAGUUAGCUGUGGACAGAGGCUACAGGAUUCGAGGAGACGAGGCGCCUCCAUGGUGCUCCUGGCCUCUUCCCCUCAUCUACAGCUACAUCCAGGAUGUCUACUGGAAUGUCGGCUUCCUGCGGUACUAUGAGCUCAGGCAGGUGCCCAAUUUUCUUCUAGCUGCACCCGUGGCUGUGCUGGUUGUGUGGGCAACCUGGGCAUAUGUGACCACCCACCCUUGGCUCUGCCUUACACUUGGGCUGCUCAGGAGCAAGGACAGUAAGGCCCUAGAGAAGACCCACCCUGGCUUCCUCGGUCCGAAGGUGUUUGUGUACCUGGUCCACGCCGCAGCGCUGCUGCUCUCCGGAAGUCUGUGCAUGCAUGUUCAGGUUCUCACACGACUGUUGGGCUCUUCCACUCCUAUCGUGUACUGGUUUCCAGCUUACUUGCUUCAGAGUCAAGAACCACUGUUGAGAUCUGUAGACACAGUACCUGAGAAGUUUGCAGAAAACUCCCCACCAGGACAGAAGACCCCCAGAAACUGUAUCCUGAAACUCUUAUACAACUGGAAGGCCUGUUCUCCAGUCACAAGAUGCAUUCUAGGCUACUUCCUGACUUACUGGCUCCUGGGACUACUCCUCCAUUGCAACUUCCUGCCUUGGACUUGACCUGGAGUCUCAAGGGACAAACUGGAAGCUGAUUUAACCCAUGGGCUAAAAGCUUCAAGAUACACUGCCUGGGACUGCCUGCACAUCCCUGAGAGCACUGUCCAUUAGCAUCUCCCCGUUCCUCUGGAGGAACGGAGAAUGUGAACACAGGAGGGCUCUUCUUGUCCUGGGUGGAGUGAGUUUAGAGGAGGAACCGUUUUCUCUGCUGAGUGGGGCUGUCUCAAAUCCCCCUGAUCAACAAGCAUCAGACAAUCUUAAACCUCGUACUGUUUGUUUUUCAAGACAGGGUUUCUCUGUGUGGCCCUGGCUAUCCUGGAACUCACUCUAUACCAGGCUGGCCUUGAACUCAGAGAUCCGCCUACCUUUGCCUCCCAAGUGCUGGGAUUAAAGGUGCAGGCCGCCGCCACUACCUGGCUCCCCAUGUGUAAUUUAAAUUCAGUGUUUGAUCAAAGCUCUAGCUGACAUCUUGGUCCCCUCAAGAUGAUGGGGACAGUACAGUGAAAGGAGGAAAAGGGACCACCUGCUCUGAGGGAGACGUGUCUGAAGUUUAUGAUGUGUUCAUUUAUAUAAAAAAUUCUACACACUAUGAACAUUUAAAAACUUGUAUUCACAAUGAAUCACCUUUUGUGGGGAGUCACGGAAGUUGAGACAGGGUUCUGGCUGUCCUGGAAUUUGCUAUGUAGCUCAGGCUGGUCUUGAACCCACAGAGAUCUACCUGCCUCUGCCUCCUGAGUGCUGGUACUAAAGGUGUGUGCCACAGGCUCUGCUGAGUUACUUUUUGUAAAUUGUAGGGGUUUGGGGCUAGAACUCAGUAGUAAAGCAUGUGAGGCCCUAAUUUCAAUAAUAAAUGAUUUGGGUCAGAGCA